CUGUCUGUGGCUCGUUCAGGUGGAUGUCGCCGUACCCAGGACCUCCUGCGCGUCCGAGCUACUGAUCCUAGACCCUGUCCAAAAUGCGGAAAAAUAUACAGAUCAGCGCACACGUUGAGGACACAUCUUGAAGAUAAACACACUGUCUGUCCUGGAUACCGAUGCGUGCUCUGCGGCACGGUGGCCAAGUCCAGAAACUCUCUACACUCUCACAUGUCGCGACAACAUCGCGGUAUAUCUACCAAGGACCUGCCCGUGUUGCAAAUGCCCACACGCUUCGAUCCCGAGCUGGCUAGCCAACUUCUGGCUAAGGCUGGUGUGAAAGUUUCCCCUGAACAACUCCGUGCCCGAGCGUCUCCAACGGGCGCUCGUCGGUGUGACAUGAAGCUAGAUGCCAAGUCCGCAGCCUCCGAGAAUAGCUCCCUCUGCGGAGACAACGAUGAUGACCUAUCACAGUCCAAGUACCAAGACACGCUGCCACAUUCACCACCUCAUAUAAACAGCUUGGCGAACACAACAAUAACAAAAGUGCCCGCGGUGAGAGCCGUUACUGCCAAGACAGUGGAGAACAUGCCGCAUGGACUCACUGGCAUGAAACAUGACGACUACCCGCCGGGCUUCGGAGGAGGCUCAGCUAUAUUGGACACCUACCUUCAGUACAUCGGAGAGAAUGUUUUUGGAAUGAACGCAGCCAAGUUACAACAGAUGAAUGCCAUACACAUGGACAGGAAGACGUACGACGAGCCGUCCCCACAGAUGGGCUCCCUGCCGCCUCCACCGACCACCCUCGCGCACCAACGCUUCCUCAAACAGAUGCAGCGCCAGUACACCGACAACAUGGCCAAGCCGGACAUCACGCGCGACCCGGACGAGCCCCUCGACCUGGGCAAGGAGCGCCAGCGGGCGGACAGCGCCGGAGACGACAACGACAAGGACUCGCUGGACAAAGACUCCGCGGACUUCUACAGCAAGAACUACGAGGAGGAGCGCCGCGGAGACGAGCCGCGCUCGGGCCCGCAGCACCAGCACCAGCCCGAGCGAGAGUACGCCGAGGAGGACAACAAGGCCUCAUGA